CCUAUCUAUUCAUCUUUCCAUUUAUUUAUUAUUAUUCUAAACUACCUCUUUUAGAAGGGAGUGCAAAAAAUGAAAGUGUAUGCCGUCUCUACGUGCACGCGGGACGUGCAGCGAGGCUUCUUUUCAUGCCCGUGGGGCUGGCGGGGGCUCAAGCCCGGAUGACUUAGUCCGCCUCGGUAGGCAAAUAAAUAUAGAAGAAUUAUGAGGAGGGAGGAAAUAAAGAUAUUGCUUCUUUCUGGAGUUUUAUCUCCCAUUGGCUAUCGAUACAAGAAGAGCAAACCAAACUACUACAAAUAACGAAAACAACCAUGGCCACCAUUACAGCAUCACAAAUCCCUGUUAGUGUUCCGGAGAACAAGAUUAAGGAGUUCUUUUCCUUUUGCGGCAAGAUUAAGGACAUUGAGGUUCUUGACAAGACGGAGAAGACCAAGACGAUCCGUGUUGAGUUUGAGAAGGCAUCUGCAGUGUCAACAGCAUUGCUUUUGAAUGGCGCUGAGUUUGAGGGCAGUCAAAUUGAGGUGAAGGAGGAUUCCUCAAGUGGUGCAGCAGCUGGCGCCAGUGCUGGCGAGAAGGAUGUUGCUGGCGAGAGCGGCAAAGGCGACAGUGACAUUGACCAGGAGUCCAAGCCAAAGAGCACGAUAAUUGCCGAGCUACUUGCAAACGGAUACGUUUUACAGUCGUCGCUAGUGGAGAAGGCGGUUGACUUUGACCAGCAGCACGGGAUCACCGAUCGGUUCCGUGACUUCAUCUCGGGUUUGGACCAGAAGUACCACCUCCAGGAGAAAAACCAGCAGAUUGCCAACACCCAAUGGGGGCUUGAGAGCCACUGGAACCAGGGCGUGCGCACAUUGAACUCGUACUUGGACCGGUUCAAGAAGGACAAGUACGGCAGCCAGGUGCACGACUUUUACACGAAUGCUGCCAAGGACGUCAAGUCGGUGAAUGACGAGGCGUUGAGGCUUGCCGAGCUCAAGAAGAAGCAGCACGAGGGUGCUGAUGCCGGGGCCGGUACCGACGCCGACGCUGGUGCUGCAAGCAGCGGAGCACCAAAGACCGGUGCUCCUACGACUGUCUUCCCAGCCAUCAACACGAUCACCCCGGAUUCCUCGAGUGCUGCUGCCGCUUCGUUUGCCCCACUGGAGGAGAAGAAGUAA